GAUCAUUUAGUUAGAAAACGAGCGGCGCUGGAAAUGCACGCGAGGUUACUUACCACCACACAGUGCAGAUAGAAAGAAAAGAAGUCAAUGUGAUUAAAUACAUUUUUGUUUUCUUAUUUUUAUAAUUUUAUUUAAAUUUAACAAUAUUUUUUGACGAGUUGGGAAAAAUAUAUUUGGAAAAAAAAAGAAAAAAUAUAUAUUCGAAAAACGAAAUAUAUAUUUUAACUUUAAAAAUUUGUUUGGUGCGAAAUUUUAACAACAAAACAAAAAAUAAAUCACAAAAAAUAUAAAUCAAAAAGAAAAUAAAAAACAAAGGUUUCCCCUUUGACUAAAAAAAAAGAAGAAAAAAAGUGUUAACAAAAAAAUAGUUUUUUUUUACUGCCAAAUAAAACCAAGUGAUAUACAAAAUAAUCCUUAGACUUCAUACUAAAUUACAACUUAAAAUAAGAUCUCAAAAAAAUAAAUAAAAUUAAAUAUUUAAUAUAAUCUAUAUAAUUUAUUAUAAAACAAAACAAAGUGUCUGGAGUUAAAUAAUUUAAAAAAACAAAAUUAUUAACCAAUCGGUGGAAAAAUACAACAGACCGAUCGCCUAGAAGAUUCAGAAACACCAACAAGUCAACCACUAACGCCAACAUCUACGUCGUCGAAGUCAAAGUCGAAGUCGUAGUCGUAGUCGUAGUCGUCAAGCAAACAGCAACAAAAACAACAAGAAAACAACGAAAAACUGCAGCACAAAGAGCAACAAGCCUCAGCCACCACAAUCCACAAUCUCUCGAAAUUAUCCAUAGCGAGCCACCACAAAGGAUCGGCAUUCGGCAUCGGCAUCGGAAUCCAUCGUUGUCGUCGCAGUCUUUUCUUCCAUCGUCGUCGUCGUAGUUGAAGUCGUCGUAGCGUAGUAGUCAUUCGUUCCGUCGUAGCUGGAGAUCAAUCGUUCGAGUUCGAGCUCAAAAGCUGUGUUCUCGCUCCACAAAAAUAGUGUUUGAUCUUGUUGGCCAAUCUUGCUGCCGCUAUAACAACUUACAUACAUACUCACUAAAAGCUAAACAAUAAAAAAAAAUAUAUACAUAUAUACCCACACGCGUUGCCUUUUUUUUAAUUUAUUUUAAUUUAUGUCUAGUUACACGAUAUUUUUUUUAAAUUUUUAAAUAAAUGCAAUAUAGUAUGAGUACACGUCUUUAAAAAACAACAACGAAAUUACACUCUCUGACAAGCAAGCGCACAAAAGCAACAAAAAGAAAGAAACAUAUACCUACGUAAAGACGUCAAAAAUCAGGAAACUAAAUAAAGAAAAUUGUAAGCAAAAGUGAAUAUACCUACAUAACUCGAGGCCACAACCCUAUCAAUAAAAAUUUAAACAAAAGUUUACAAAAAAUAAAAAAUAAAAUUAAAACAAAGGCAAUAGAAAAACGUAAUUCGGAAAUUUCCAAGUUUUUAGUCAGCAACAAAAAACGUGGGUCCCCCCCAUAUCACAGAUCACUCACGAAAUAGAAGGAGUUAACUUCUGGAGCAACUAAAGAUCAUUUUCAACAACAACAAAAAACUCUGAUUCAGCAGCGCCAGCAGCUUUUUGACCAAACACCAAGAACAAAAACCGAUCGCGGUAGAAAAAUUUAAAAUGUCUGCAGCAAUUAUGCACAACAACGCAUCUAUUUAUCACGAAUGUGGUGAAUUUCUACUAAAGAAUCAGAAAUCGUCUAUACAUUUGCAUCAGUCAGCAACGAAUGCGGUGGCAAAUGCACAAUCGAACAACAACAAUAAUAACAAUACCAAUACAGUUAACAGUAAUAAUAACAAUAUUAACAACGCAAUGUUGUCAGUUAGCCAUUUGGCAUCAAAUGGUGUUUCAAUUCUUAAUACCAAUGUUUUAAAUAAUAAUUUAUCAACUCAAAAUGGUAAUUCAUCAUCGUCUGUUGCUGCUUCAGCUAAUCUUAUUCAACAUCAUUUGAAUGUGUUGUCUGUGCAACAACAGCAGCAGCAGCAACAACAACAACAACAACAGCAGCAGCAACAGCAACAACAACAACAGCAACAACAACAGCAGCAACAACAACAACAGCAGCAAGAUCAAGAACAAAAAGCAUAUAUACAUACAGCUUUAACUCGUGCUGUCUCACAUCCUCAAAACAGUGCUGCCAACGUUGUUUCACUUGUAAAUACGUUGCUCGAAACUUGCCACCGCAAAUUGGAAAGGACACAAUCUGAACCAUUGCCACAGGUUAACACAUCUAGAUACAAGACCGAGCUAUGUCGUCCAUUCGAAGAAGCCGGUGAAUGUAAAUAUGGAGAAAAGUGCCAGUUUGCUCAUGGUUAUCAUGAGUUGCGCAACUUACAAAGACACCCCAAGUACAAAACUGAAUAUUGCCGCACCUUUCACAGUGUCGGCUUUUGUCCCUAUGGUCCUCGAUGCCAUUUCGUCCAUAAUGCCGACGAGGCACGUGCAAUGAUUCAACAACAACAGCAGCAACAACAACAACAACAGCAGCAACAACAACAUCAUCAACAACAAAUCCAACACCAGAAUCGCAUCAAUGCUGCAUUUGCUCGUCUACCACAAAAUGCUCUUAACAAUCAUCCAUUACCAUUGAGUCCUCCAUUAUCUAUGUCAACUGGAUCUGAUCGUGCCUCUCCCACAGGCUCCAUAUCACUAAGUCCAACAAAUUCAAUAGGAAGCUUUCCAUUUGUCGAUCAAAUAAGUCCCGCAAGUUCGGUCUUCCCGACAACAGCUUUUCCAUAUAACCAUAGCCCACCAGCCAGUCCAAAUAGCCCAAUGUCACCUGUUAAUACACCACCUCCAUCCAUCAUCAUGGCUGGUAACAAUCAUCAUCAUCAUCAGUACAUUAAGCCGAUCUCACAGACACGCAUUUCAAACAAAUCUAGUUCGCCAAUUUCCAUUGUGGCUAACGGUGGCGGUAGCAACAACACUUCAAGUGCUGCCAAUUCAGCAAGCAGCGAAGAAGCACGCCUUCCAGUCUUCAAUAGACUCAGCUCAACCUUAGAUGCUUUUUCCAAUUUAGCCCUAUAAGUUGUGUGCUUUUCAAGACAGAAAACAAAAACAAAUUUAUCGGGACAUUCGAAAGAAUAAGCCAUUUUUUAUUAAUUUCUAUUUUAUUUUUUUUCCCAUUGGACUUUACCUUAUAAUAAUUAUUAUUAUAAUCGUUUCGGAAUACCCAACAACAACAACAAAAUCGAACUGACCAAAUCAAUUAGAUUGACUACAUAUAAAAUAUUAUAUGCCCCAGGUGAACAUAUAAUUGUUUUUUCUUUUAUAUAUCAGCAAGUAUAUAUAUUUUCAAGAAAAAUUAUUUCUGUUCAUUACAAGAAAAAAAAUGUUUUCUUUUUUUUAUAAUAAGAAUUAUUAUAAAUUAUGUACCUAUAUAUAUAUUUUAUAUUUGAAAAUUUAUUUUUGAAAGAUUGUAAUUUAAAAAACAAAAAAAAAAUUCAAAAAAUUCCGACGAAAUAUGCCUACACACAUAAGCUGUGUACUUGUACAUACAAAAAUGAUUAAAUUAAAUCGAAAAACAACUUUUAUUGUAUAAAAUCUUGUUUGGAAGUGAUAUAAACUUAUUAAUUAUUUAAAAGAAAAACAAAAAAGUAUCUAAUCUAUUAUUUUUAUUUUGUUUAUUAAAAAAGUCUUGUGUACGUGCAAGAGCACAAACUAUAUAGUGAGAUUUCGAUUUCAGAAAACAAUAAUUUUAUUAAGAGAGAGAACGAGAAUGAAUGUGAAUUUGAAUUAUUCUGCUAAUUCGUGCAUUUAAUUGAAUAAUUCGAAAUUGAUUUUGAUAUCUCCAUUGGAUUGCAUUAUACUAUUGGAAUUUUUAAUUUUGAGAAGUGUCAGAUUUUUUACAAUAUUAAUUUGAUACGAAUAAUUCGGUUGGAUCAUAUGUGAAGCAGAAUAAAUCUUAUUUUUCGUGAAACUCAAAAAAUAAAACGUAUAUUUGAAUUUUUAUUAAAUAUAUAUUUUUAAAAAUAUAUUGCACAAAUAUUUGAAAAAAAACACACUGUUUAUAAAACCACACAAAUUAUUUUUUUUUGUUUAAACUUAGCGCAAGACACAAGAUAUUACAAAUUAUUAUAUUCUCAAAGUGCCUUAUAUAUAUUUUUUUAAUUUAUUUAAUUUAAAAUAUUGAUUGUUAUACAAAAAGAAAAAAAUGAUUAGUAGUUUUUAGUGACAAAAUAAUGAAAAAAGAAAGUUUAAAAACAAAACAAGUCAUAAUGCUGAUAAAAAAAUGCUGUCUUCCGCUUAACAUUUAUUAUUUAUACAACAAAAAAUCGUUCUUUGUUAGACUGUAAAGCGAAGAGUAUAAACAAUUAAAGAACCAAGAAUACGUGUACCCCAUUUAUUAUAAUACUUCCGUUUAAUUUUUUUUUAUCUAGUUUUGUAGUAAUUUAAGCCAUUUUGCAAUUAUUUUUUUAUCUAUAUAUGAUCAUGAUUAAUACAAAAACAAAAAGAUGUUAUUAUUUAUUUUUCAUUCUUAAUAUUUCAUUUCACUCUCAAAUAAUUUUAUUAUUGCGCGCAUAUUUAAUUUAAUUUAAUUAUUUUUUUUCUGCUAAAACAAAAAAUAUUUCUCUGAAUCAAAGCGAUAAAAGACAUUUUUUACGAAAUAAUAACAACAACAACACACAAAACAAAUCUCAGAUAGUUUUUGAUUUUAGAUUUCGUCGCUUAAGCUUGUUUUACACGCACAUCGCUUCGAAGUGAAAAUUAAUUUUUGAUUUAAAUUAAUUGAUGGAAAAUUCCGCUUAAUUUCAUUAGAUUGAGAAGAAAAACAAUAAAAUUAAACACGAAAUUAUUUCUAAUUCUUAAAUCAUUUUUAUUUCAAUUCACUUCGCAUUGAUGUGUACAUAAGACAUUUCUGUAAACAAAACAAAUACAAAAAAAAAUUAAACAAACAAAAUAAAACUUUCAAUACUAAUGAUAAGCUGAAUUAUUUAUUGCAAAAUCCUUUAUACAUUUAUAUAAAUUUAAUUAAUUUGACAUCCCCAGGAAUAAAAUUAAUUGCUAAUAUUAUUAUUUAAUUUAUGUAUCUUAAUAACAAAAAUACAAAAAAAAAGACAAACUUAAUUUAAAUUGAAUGAGAAAAAACUCCUUAAAUAUUGGGCUUCCUAGUUAUUUUUUGUUUCUUUUUAAGUUUAAAAACACGAUACAGAAAUAGACAUGGUUUUAUAGCAUAUAACAUUAUAUAUAAAAAUAAUAAUUUAUAUUUCUAGUUUUUUUACAUUGAUUUAGUCUAUAAACAUAAACAUAUUUAAAUAUUUUUUUUUAAUUUAUAAAUAUUAUAUAUUUAAAUUAUUACAUGAAUGGAGAAUGUUGCAUCUUAAAACAAAAAAUGAAAUAAAAAUAAACAAAAAAAGAUAAACAAAAAAAACAACAACAACAAAACAUGAAUAAAAUGCAUUAUGUCAGGAAUAUUAAGAAAACAAAAUAAUUUAAAUCCAUUAGUGCUGUGUGUAAAACUUCUAUAAUUUUUUUCUUGUAUGUUUAACAUUUUUAAAUUAGUUUUUCUAAUGUUUUGCAUUUUACAGAGAAAACAAUAAGUCAAUUCUUCCACUAGUUAUUAAGAUUGAAAUAAAAAACAAUAAAAGAAAAAAAAUACUAUUUUAUAAAUUUCUUUGUUUACAUGAAAUUUGAAUAUACAAUAUUUUCUACAAAUUAGUUGUUUAAAUUUGCAUUUUUCAUAUAAGUAAAAUUGAUACAAUUAAAAAAAAUGAAAAAAAAAAACAAAAUGAAACACAUCUUCCAAAAUCAUUGAAAUUUUAGCUUUAAAGAAAGUUUUUAUAAAUGUGGCAGUGAUGGAAUAUAACAAAAAAUAUUGAUCUAACAUUUAUUUGAGAAAAAUAAAGAAAAAUAACGAAACACUGCAACAAACUUUCCGAAUAAAUUCCGCAGAGAGAAAGAAAAAAGAAACAA